AUGGAGAACGGUACAGAAGGCAAGAACUUCUACAUCCCCAUGAACAACCGGUCGGGGCUCGCGAGGAGUCCGUUUGAAUAUCCACAGUAUUAUUUAGCAGAGCCAUGGCACUUCAAACUGAUGGGUCUAUUCAUGGUUUUCCUCUUGCUGACUGCUUUCCCCAUCAAUGCUCUGACACUGGUGGUCACGGCUCAGAACAAGAAGCUCCGACAACCUCUCAACUACAUCCUGGUGAACUUGGCUGUGGCUGGACUGAUCAUGGCCAUCUUUGGAUUCACAAUCACCAUUUAUUCUGCCAUGAAUGGCUACUUUGCUUUGGGGCCUAAUAGCUGUGCAUUGGAAGGUCUCUUUGCUACAAUUGGAGGUGAAGUGUCUCUGUGGUCUCUUGUGGUCCUAGCUGUUGAGAGAUACAUAGUGGUCUGUAAACCAAUGGGUAGUUUCAAGUUUACUGCCACUCAUUCUGCGAUAGGCUGUGCAUUUACCUGGAUAAUGGCACUCUCCUGUGCUGUUCCUCCUUUGUUUGGCUGGUCGAGGUAUAUCCCAGAGGGCCUACAGAUUUCCUGUGGACCUGACUAUUACACCUUGGCCCCCGGCUUCAACAAUGAAUCAUACGUCAUAUAUAUGUUCACCUGCCACUUCUGUGUACCCGUCAGCAUAAUCUUCUUCACAUAUGGCAGUCUCGUUAUGACAGUCAAAGCUGCUGCAGCUCAGCAGCAGGACUCAGCUUCUACUCAGAAAGCUGAGAAGGAGGUGACACGCAUGUGUAUCCUGAUGGUGUUUGGUUUCCUAAUGGCUUGGUUACCGUACGCUUCCUUCGCUGCGUGGAUUUUCUUCAACAGGGGAGCUGCCUUCUCACCUAUGGCCUUUGCCAUCCCUGCUUACUUCUCAAAGAGCUCAGCAGUGUUCAAUCCUGUUAUCUACAUUCUGAUGAACAAGCAGUUCCGUAACUGCAUGCUUUCUACUAUUGGAAUGGGCGGCAUGGUUGAAGAUGAGACCUCAGUCUCAGCCAGUAAGACAGAAGUCUCCACUGCUGCCUAGUGAUCAACACCAAACAUCUGCAAACAGCCUCUGUCUUCAUGUUCUCCUAAUUCUGAGUCUCAUGGGAAAAAUUAACGGAUUUAAGACAAACCUUAUUGCAACAAAUGGACUAUAA